AUGAAGUUUCAUGUCAUUGAUGCUUCUUUAACAGAGUUCUACUUAACCGGUGAUGAUAUACUUCAUUAUAACCUCACAGUAAACAUCUCUAUCAGGAACAGUAACAAGAUUGAGCGUAUUUCUUAUCGGAUUAUUCGUUUUAAUCUUUCUGGUUACGGUAAGGAUUUGGCUUCGGUUUCUUUGCCGUCUUUCCUGCAAGGCACUAAGAAUACAACAUUAGUCCAUCCUGUUUUUCAGGGACAAACAUCACUCAUACUACGGGGUUCUCAUUUUAAGGAUUUCAUUCAUGAUCGGAAAGAGGGAAGCUUUAGCAUUGAUGUAGAUCUCUACCUUAUAACACAAUUGAAGUAUGCUGGUGGUGGAAAGGGCGACAAAAUCAGUUUCACAGUUGGCUGUGGAUUAUUCAGACUCAAUUUGUUGGGUUCUUCUUCUUCUUUAAGUAAUCAAACAGGAAUUGGUGGCUUAUUUAAAACUAAGAGUGGGUACAUGGCUGGAGGUUAUGCAUUGAGAGUUAUGGAGUAG